GUGUGUCCGCAGAAAUGACGUCAUGACUAAACAACCACGCCCAUCCGCUAGGUCCCCCUGGGUGUGUUGACUGGCGGAAGAGGUGUAUUUUGCAGAAUUUGGGCCAUUCUGCACCUCCAGAGACUUCAAAGAUGCCGGCGUACCAUUCGCAGUUUGCGGAAUCUAAACAAAGUGUGGGUAACAUCGCCCUUCUUCCCAUUCGCACCCAGUUCCGAGGACCUGCUCCGACUGCGUUUAACUCCAACCCCAAUGAUAUGGACCUCAUAGAUGAAGCCAUUUAUUACUUCAAGGCUAACGUGUUCUUCCGAAACUACGAAGUUAAGAGCGAGGCAGAUAGGGCCCUGAUUUAUGUGACGCUCUAUAUCACCGAAUGUCUGAAGCGUCUGCAGAAGUGCUCAAGCAAGAACCAGGGAAUGCAGGAAAUGUACACUUUGGCCCUGGCUAAGUUCGACAUCCCUGGGGAGCCCUCGUUUCCUCUAAACUCUGUAUACGCCAAGCCAGCAUCCGCGGCAGAGGCUGAUCUCAUGCGCCAGUAUUUGCAACAACUCCGCCAGGAAACUGGCGUUCGAGUUUGCGAAAGAGUCUUCAGCACCGAGGACGGCCGCCCUUCAAAGUGGUGGCUGUGUUUUGCCAAGAAGAAGUUCAUGGACAAGGCUCUGCUUCCUCCUGGCCAGUGAUAUUCGUCACCAUUCAAUUUCUUGCAUUUCCCAGUUUUUUUUUACAGCAUACACAAUGCAAAUUUACUUUAAUAUUAUGUUAACUUUGUUGAAUUAUAUAUUUUAAGACCUUUAAUAAAUAAUUAUAAGUGAAAUAAACAAAUACACACAA